AUGGACGGCCUUUCGGGCGCAGCAAGCGUCAUCGCGGUAAUCGACAUAUCCGCCAAGAUCGCCUCGCUCUACUACCAGUACUCUGUGGCUGUCAAGGACUCAAAGAACGAUAUCAAGCGUGUGCGGAGGAAGGUUAGCGACAUCACCCACAUCCUGGAGAAAAUCAAGCAGCUCCUCGACAGCCAUGACAAGACGCGGCUCUCUACUAUCUAUGGCUUGUUUAGCUCGCUCGAACAAUGCCGAGAGAAGCUGAAAAGCCUAGAAGCAAAGCUAGAUCCAGGAAAAACUCGUAAGACUAUGAGCCGGUUCGGCUUCCGUGCGCUCAAAUGGCUGUUUAUGAAUCUAGCCAAACUGCCUGUCGCGAUAGGCGCCUCCUUCAAUUCCUAUAACGAAGAGUACAGUGCACGAUGUCUACCGAACACCCGUACUGAGCUGCUAGACGAGAUAACAACAUGGGCGAAUAACAAGGAUGGCAAUCGAGGGCAGCUCAGAGCAAGCUUCUUCUUCAAGAAAGGCGAGAGCGAGCGGGGCAAUACCUCACGGUUCUUUACCACCAUUGCCACUGAUCUAGCCGCCUGCGAGCCAGGCAUACUACCUAGCAUCAGGAAGACGCUCGACGAGGACUCGACGAUCUCACACAAGGCUCUAAAAGACCAGUUCGAGAAGCUAAUCCUACAGCCACUAUUGGGGAUAAAGCAGGCUCGUUCGCGGGUCUUAGCGCGUGUUGUCGUGAUCAACGCGCUAGACGAAUAUAAGCGAGAAGCCGACACCAGAGCAAUCCUUCAGCUGCUUGCUCGGACAAAAGACAUUCGACCAGUGCCGCUGCGGAUCAUAGUAACUAGCCGGCCUGAGCUCCAUAUCCGCCUAGGCUUCAAGGAGAUGCCGAACGGCACAUACCAGGACCUAGUCCUCCACGAAGUGCCAAGGCACACGAUUGAACACGACAUCCCGAAACAGCAGAUCCUCACGCUGGUUGAGCUAUCUGUGCCGCUAUUCAUCUACGCUGCUACCGUGUGUCGGUAUAUUAGUAGCAAAGGAAGCAGUCCUACGGCUUUUUUAGAGAAGGUCCUACAGUAUCAAAAGGCGACCUUUUCGCAGCUAGAUCGGACGUACCUCCCUGUGCUCGACCAUCUGCUUAGUAAGCAGAAGGAAGAUAAGAAGAAGACGUGGCUUCAGACUUUCCGAGAAGUGGUCGGCAGUGUUAUUGUUCUCAAAACCCCACUCUCUGCUAUCUCACUUGCCCGCCUACUUCAAGUUCCACAAGAGGAGAUCCAGUGCCGACUUGACUCUUUACACUCCGUUCUUAGUGUCUCUAACAGCGAGGACGCGCCUGUUCGUCUUUUGCACUUGUCCUUUCGCGAGUUCCUCGUCGACCCCCAGAAACAGGGAAAGAGCCCGUUCUAG